GGGAAGGGAGAAAAAAAUCAGGGCUCUUUCUGCAGGAUUCACAUUUGGUGUCUUUCUCUCUCUCUACUUUUCUUUUCGUUUCGUUUCGUUUUCAGCUGUUACUUCUGCCUCUUUCUUGUAACGCUUCUACAGACAGAAGAAAGAAGGAAACUGAGCACAGAACCCAUGUCUGGUUUAUACAACAACAACUCCUCUUACUUCUCCUCUCCGGCUAGAGCUGCUUCUCCUCAGAUUCGAAGCACUCCUCCUGAGAUCGACAGCUCUCAGUACUUGACGGAGCUUCUCGCCGAACAUCAAAAGCUUACACCUUUUACUCAAGUCUUGCCUAUAUGCAGCCGCCUGCUGAAUCAAGGGGGGUUCUUGGAUGUGCAGAGAUGUUCAGGGUGUCUGGAAUGAUGUCUUCUAACCAAGGAUUUGGGGAUUUUGAUAGGCUCAGACACAGAAGUCCAAGUCCUAUGGCUUCUUCUAAUCUUAUCUCUAACGUUUCUAACUCCGGCUUUGGUGGUGGCUGGAACGCCCUUCCUCAGGAGAGACUUAGUGGAACACCUGGAAUGACAAUGGACUGGCAAGGUGCACCAGGAAGCCCCAGCUCAUACACCGUCAAAAGGAUACUGCGUCUGGAGAUUCCUGUAGAUAGCUAUCCUAAUUUCAAUUUUGUUGGUCGACUUCUCGGUCCUAGAGGCAACUCGUUAAAGCGCGUUGAAGCUACUACAGGUUGCCGCGUGUUCAUCAGAGGGAAAGGCUCAAUCAAGGAUCCUGAAAAGGAAGAUAAGUUAAGGGGAAGACCGGGGUAUGAACACUUGAAUGAACAGCUUCACAUCUUAAUAGAAGCAGAUCUUCCAGCUAGUAUUGUGGAGAUACGUCUGCGACAAGCUCAAGAGAUUAUAGAAGAGUUACUUAAGCCUGUGGACGAGUCGCAAGAUUUCAUAAAGAGACAGCAGCUAAGGGAGCUAGCGUUGAUAAACUCGAACAACUUGAGGGAAGAGAGUCCAGGACCAAGCGGCGGUGGAAGCGUUUCGCCUUUUAACUCAAGUGGUAAACGCCCCAAAACAGGAUGCUAAAGGAGCGUUUUAAAAUGGUUUAAUCUUCUUCAACCAAAGGUACAUUGUCUGCAUACACAAACACUCAUGUGUUGGUUUGGCCCAGUAAUGACUGCAGUGGUGGUGGUCAAGGUCUCCCUAUGGUCUCUCUCCGGUGAGCGACCAUGUGGUUUUCCUUCCUUUAAUUUAUUUAUUUAUUUUUACUUAUUCGUCGUUAUGAGACUACAUCAGAGAUUCAUUACAGAUUAUUAAAAAAAAAAAAAGAUAUGAAAAAAGGUUCAGAUAUAUAAAAUAUAUAUGUAGGGAAAAUGAUGUGCAUGUGGAGGGGGCGUGCAUUGAAAAUUGUUAUUGUAAAAACAAAAACAGAGACAUUUAUUGGAUUGAUUCUUAUUGUUUGA